AUGCAGCAUCCCGAGCAGGGUGGCGCCGGGUACCCCUACGGGCCGCCGCUUCCGGGGAUGGCCCCGUUGUUGCCGCAGCCGGCAUCCGCGGCCGUGCCUGUCAGCAGCAUCCCGUCUCCGACGCCGUCGCCGAUGCAGCCGCAGCCGCAGCCAGCGGGGACGAGCUUCGACCAAUUGCCAGCCGCGCGUGUCAGCAGCAUCCCGUCUCCGACGCCGUCGCCGUCGCCGAUGCAGCCGCCGCCGCAGCCAGCGGGGACGAACUUCGACCAAUUGCCGUCCGCCGGCGCCGUCAGCUUCCACGACGACGAGAACACGCCGGUCGACGGCGGAAGCGGCAGGAGCGGCGGCGACGCGGGGGCGGGAGGGUCCGGCAGCCGGUGGCCGCGGGAGGAGACGGUGGCGCUCAUCAGGAUCCGGUCGGAGAUGGACGGCGCCUUCCGGAACGCCGCCCUCAAGGCCCCCGUCUGGGAGGAGGUCUCCAGGAAGCUUGCGGAGCUGGGCUACCGCAGGAGCGCCAAGAAGUGCAAGGAGAAGUUCGAGAACGUGGACAAGUACUACCGCCGCACCAAGGAAGGCCGCGCCGGGCGCCAGGACGGCAAGAACUACCGCUUCUUCAAGGAGCUCGAAGCGCUCCACGCCGCGGCCCCGCAGCAGAACCAGCACAUGGCGACCGCCGCGCCAAUCUUGCCAGAUCCUCGGCCGUUGGCAAUGGCGCCUGCCUAUCCUGGCGCCGGCCUGCCGGACCUCAGCUUGUCGUCGAAUUCGCAGUCAGAGUCGGACGACGAGUCAGACGAGGAGGAAGACCAGGCGGGCGGCGGCGGCGGCAGGAGCAACGAGAGCAUGAUGGCGCUCUUCGAGGGGAUGAUAAAGCAGAUCACGGAGAAGCAAGACGCGACGCAGCGGCUGUUCCUGGAGACGCUUGAGAAGUGGGAGGCCGACCGCACCGCGCGGGAGGAGGCAUGGCGCCGGCAGGAGCUGGCCCGCAUAAGCCGCGAAAGGGAGCAGCACGCCCGGGAGCGAGCCGCCGCGGCCGCCCGCGACGCCGCCGUGAUCGCGUUCCUCCAGCGCGUCGGCGGGAGCUCCGUGCUGCCCACCCCAAUGCCGGCCCACACAGCGCCUCAUCCCGACGCGCCGGCCUCCUCGCUCCAGCUGGUGGUCGCCGCGCCGGAGGAGGGCGGCCGGCGAGGAGGAGGGGAGAGCAGCGCGGGCAUGUCACGGUGGCCCAAGGAGGAGGUCCAUGCGCUGAUCCAGCUGCGGAUGGAGAAGGACGAGCACUGCCAGGACAUGGGGGCCAAAGGGCCGCUGUGGGAGGACAUCUCCGCCGGCAUGCGGAGGAUCGGCUACAACCGGAGCUCCAAGCGGUGCAAGGAGAAGUGGGAGAACAUCAACAAGUACUUCAAGAAGGUGAAGGAGAGCAACAAGAGGCGCCCCGAGGACUCCAAGACGUGCCCCUACUUCCACCAGCUCGACGCUAUCUACCGCAAGAAGCAAUCUGCCGUGAGCAACGCCGCCGGCGGCUGCUCUAGCACUGCCUCCGGGAACGCUGUGGCCGCGGUCAACGCCUCCGCCUCCGAGCAGCAUAACCCCUGGCGCGAGCUCGAGGGUAAGAUCAGCAACGACUUUGACAGGAGGCACACCGUUGGAGGGGGAAGCUCAGAUGCCCCGCCCGGCGACGGCGAGGUGGCCGCGGCCAGUACCGUGCUUGAUGCCAUCGCUACAACCAAGAAGUCUGAAGACAACGUGAUGGCAAUGGAGUCAAACAUUCAGUCCCAGCAGACGGAGGUGACGGCGACGGACGAGACGGACAGCGACGACAUCGAAGGCAACUACACCGAUGACGGCGACGACGACGACGGCGACGAGGAUGACAAGAUGAAGUACACCAUAGAGUUCCAGAAGCACAAAGAGGGCGGAAGCAGUAGCGCUCCUGCUGCCCCAGCGACAGCUGCGACGGUGGUGACGAGUUCGGCCCCGACAGGCAGCACCUUCCUUGCCGUUCAGUAG